GGAGGAGGUGAACGACGGCGCAGUCGACAAUCUGCUCCGGCACGGAGUCCCUCGCACACCUUUUUCUCCUGCUGCUCGUUCGUGUCUCCGAUCCGUCGUCCCUGGACGACGCGUGAGAAACGCCGGAUUCAAAAUACAACCGAGUACCAUCCUCAUUUCCCAAUUGAUUUCACUGGCAACGAAGGAUUUGCAAGAAGACAGAACAGAUGGGAAAACAGCGGCGAAAAGCGUCAGGUUAAAAUCGUUCGAAAACCUUUCGGAUGUUUGCACACACGAUGCGGUGAUUGAAGAUAAAACACUCGAAGGAGGAGCUCCUGGGCUUCGGGCCGACGCGACGAUGCUGUUGCCGGCCGAUAUGCUGGCAGCCCAGUCGAAGAUGGUCUACCAGAUCAACAAGUACUUCGGCGAACGCGUGAUGACUAGGAAGAGCCAGGUGAUGAAAACGAUUCAAGAGGUUUGUCGCGUGGUCCAGGAUGUGUUGAAGGAAGUCGAGGUACAGGAGCCGAGGUUCAUAUCGUCGCUGACCGACUACAACGGCCGGUUCGACGGCUUGGACGUGAUUUCGCCAACGGAGUUCGAGAUCGUGAUCUAUUUGAAUCAGAUGGGUGUUUUAAACUUCGUCGACGACGGGACGUUACCGGGGUGCGCGGUGUUGAAACUCAGCGACGGAAGGAAACGGUCUAUGUCGCUCUGGGUGGAGUUCAUCACCGCGUCCGGCUACCUGUCCGCCCGGAAAAUUCGUUCAAGAUUCCAGACACUAGUGGCGCAGGCUUGCGACAAGUGCGCUUAUAGGGAUUCCGUGAAGAUGAUAGCAGAUACGACGGAGGUUAAGCUUCGAAUUAGGGAGAGGUACGUGGUGCAGAUCACGCCGGCGUUUAAAUGCGCCGGGCUUUGGCCCAGGUCGGCGUCUCACUGGCCCAUAGCUCACAUCCCCUGGCCGCAUCCGAACAUCGUGGCAGAAGUGAAGACGGAAGGGUUUGACAUGCUCUCGAAGGAAUGUAUAGGAUUGCAAGGGAAACAGUCAGCGAUGGAAGGUGACGCCUGGGCGUUAUCGUUUAUAGACGCCGAGAAUCGUCUCCUCCAAGGUGGCAGUAGGAAACGUUGCUUAAGUAUUUUGAAAACGUUAAGGGACAGACACCUCGAUUUACCUGGUAAUCCGGUUACCAGUUACCAUAUGAAGACAUUGUUGUUGUACGAGUGCGAGAAACAUCCGCACGAGAUCGAAUGGGACGAGACGUGUAUCGCGGAUCGGAUUAAUGGAAUCUUGUUGCAACUGAUCUCUUGCCUGCAGUGCCGCAGGUGUCCGCAUUAUUUUCUACCGAACUUGGACCUGUUCAAAGGAAAAUCACCUAGCGGCUUGGAGAACGCGGCCAAACAAGUGUGGAGACUCACCAGAGAGCUGCUGACUAACAGCCGUGCUUUGGAAAAACUCUAGAAGACAUUGCGAAUUGUUAUCUUGUUAAAAUUCAUGCGAAAAUGUAAUGGACACGGGGAGAUGAGUCAUGCGUUGAUUUCCGCCGGGUUGAACUAUACAAAAUCGUCGGGAGAAUUUUUUGGAAGCUCCACUGCCAUGAUUAAUUAGAUGUUUGUGGAAGAAACUGUGUGUGGUAUUAAACAACGGCAGCCGCGAGUGUGUGAUUUUGUAGUAGAAUUCUGAGGAACGAUCGAAACAGUGCCAUAAAUAUGUACGUCGAGUCUUUGUUUCGCUUUCGAGCCUCCGACGGCAAACGGGAAUUGCGAUAAUUUAACGAUAUGCCAACUUGAAACCAGUGCUACUCCGUUGGAUUGUUGUGCUGCUUGGUAUGAAAUCGAAGUUUAGUGUGAUUGUCUAUGAAAUAAACGAAUGAAUGUUAAAUACCGGUUAAAUGUACGAUAAUACCCAACGAAAGAUAAUCUAGAUAACUCCGAACCGGUGGUACUCAUUAUUGUCGCUACGUCAUUUGAUUCCAAACAACGGGAAAUAUGAGAAACGCAAUUCUGUGUAGUUAUUUGUAGGGAAAAAAUAAAUUGUUAAUGAAGGAGGCGGAAGAGUUAACUGGUUACGAGUUACACUUAGUCUCCUCGUCUAAUGGAACUGUACCUUAGCUUCCGUCGCUAUGUAAAUACUAUUUGAAAGAUAUUUAUUAAAAGUGUACACGAGAAUGUGAAAUACAAUGCUAUUUAUACGGAACCGUA